AUUAUGACUUUUGAAUAAUAUAUUGAAUUAAGCACUUAUUGCUUUGCAAUAAUUUCACAAAUGUAGCAAUGCGAAGUGAUAAAUAAGUAUUACUUCUAAUAUUUUCUAUGCAAUAAUAAUGAUUGAAAAAAAUUAGUAAAUUUGUUUAAAAAAAUAAAGUUUAAUGGAAUAAAGGUACAUAGUGAGUAUGAAACGGUUGAGAGCAUAGAGAAAUUGAGAGGGAGAGAAGUGAGGUAUAUCAUCAGGAAAAUAGAUGGUGGGGAAUCUAAGUAGAUUCACGAGAGGGUCACGAGAACUCAGUUCUGUCAGUUCGAUAUAUUGUUCUCCUUUCGUAGUACAACAAUGAUGCUAAAUAUAAUUUGGCUUAAAAAAAAAAUUUGUUAAGAAAUUCUUUCAUGUACUAAUUCAUCAGUAUAUAUAUGUAUAUAUAUAUAUAUACUAUAAAUUAUUAUAAUAUUUCACUUUCACAUUUUUUUUACAAAAAAAAAUCAUUGUAAAUGUUUAUAACUUUUGAAAGUUAAUUAUAUUUAUUAUUAUCGAGUUAUUAUUAUGUACGAUAUUGUUAUGAGUAAUAAAAAGAAGUUUGUUAAUUAUGGAAAAAUGUGAUUAUCGAACAUGAUAACAUAGAUCCCUGAUAAAUAAAGGAUCCUUGAAGCGAUAAUCUCUGAAUAAGCGAUAAGGAGUUGAGCGUUUUAUUCACAGCUUGUUUCAAACAAACUGUUGUGAAAUUACGUGUUGUCUACGUGGACUGAUAUGAGAAAAAAUCUGACAGUCAUAAGUUGUUGUUUUUUGUUAUCAUUAGCAUGACUUAUUGUUGUUUCUAUUAAUAAUUAAAGAACAAUGCCUCUAUUUAAACAAAAAAAUUCUUUAAAGUCAUCGGUACCGUCAUUAGAGAAGUCAAGUAACGGUGCUAACUACCAUGAAGAUCAUGACACUGUCAGUGGAAGUAACAGCAACAACAACAUUCACGGUGCUGGAAAACGAAACAAAUUAAAUAAUCAAGAUCAGACAACAUCAGCUGAGGAUAAUCAAAGUCAAAGCAAGACUCACUUAAUUUUUAGAUGCCAACUCGCACAUGGUAGUCCAACAGGUUUUAUCUCAGAUUUUAGUAACGUCAGAGAACUUUAUCAAAAGAUUGCCGAGUGUUAUGAUCUACCAUCAAGUGAAAUUCUAUUUUGUACAUUAAAUACUCAUAAAGUCGAAAUGUCAGAGCUACUCGGAGGACAGAUAGGAUUAGAUGAUUUCAUAUUUGCACAUAAAAGAGGACAACCGAAGGAAGUAGAAUUAAUUAAAUCAGAAGAUGCUUUAGGAUUAACGAUAACCGAUAAUGGAGCUGGUUAUGCUUUUAUCAAGCGAAUAAAAGAAGGUUCUGUGAUUGAUAAAGCAAAAGUAAUCCAAGUUGGAGAUCAUAUAGAACGAAUAAAUUCUGAAAGUCUAGUUGGUCGAAGACAUUUUGAAGUAGCAAAAAUGUUGAAAGAUAUUCCAAAAGGAUCAACCUUUACUCUAAGGUUAAUUGAGCCACAAAAAAGUGGGUUUGGGAGUAUCGGACCACGAGGUGAUAUGAAAAAAGGCAAGAAACCAGGAUAUGGAUCUGGUAGAGAGACUCUGAGAUUUAAAGCUGAUGGCAGUACUCAAAUUCAAGCUGUGGACAAGGCAUCAACAAUUGGAGUAGAAAAAAUAAAUGUCAUACUUGAAAGUUUUAUGGGCAUUAAUGACAAUGAAUUAGCAACACAAAUUUGGGAACUAGCUGAAGGAAAAUCAAAUAGUAUGGAUUUUGCAGAAGCUAUUGAUAAUUCUGAUCUUGAAGCUUUUGGUUUCACUGAUGAUUUUGUUAUUGAAUUGUGGGGUGCUAUAACAGAUGCUAGAAGUGGGCGUUUUCAAUAGAAAAAUAAUUACUAGGAUAAAAUUAAAAAGAAUGAUAAGAGAAAUUAAAUUAUGUGUAAUCACGAACAAAAAUAUGUCUGCCAUAUAUGUUCAUUAAUACAUUAUUGAUCAUUACACUUUCAUAAUGAU